CUCCAAUCUUGAAUUGAGUUCAGUUUAGCUCAAUUCAGCAAAUCAGACAUUUAUUUGAUCUAGCUUCCCUACAUUAUUCGUAAAGUUUCGUAAGUUAAAAAAAAAAAAGAACAAAUUCUUUGGAUUUUACAUCAAAAUUCGAAAAACUCUUAACAAAACACUUUUCAAUUUUCACUUAACAUAUCAACUCUUCCCUCCCAAAACCCCAACUUACCAGACCACCACUUACGCAAUUCGUCGAAACAAGGCGCAACCAUGUAUGGUGGCGAUGAAGUAUCAGCAAUUGUGAUAGACAUGGGGUCUCACACUUGCAAGGCAGGCUAUGCUGGUGAAGAUGCUCCCAAGGCUGUCUUUCCUUCUGUGGUUGGAGCAGUUGAUCAAAUGGAGGUUGAUGUUCCUGAUAACCCUGAAAAGAACCUGGGUUCAGCUCCUGAUUCAAACAGUACUGUGAAAACCUUUGAAUCUGAGAAAGAAAAGAGUAAACGCAAAUUUUAUGUUGGAUCGCAAUCCUUGGGAUUUCGUCGUGAUAAUAUGGAGGUCUUAUCUCCCUUUAAAGACGGAGUGAUCGCAGACUGGGAUAUUGUUGACAGCAUAUUGGACCACGGUUUCAGGGAAUGUCUACUGAUUGAUCCAAAAGAGCAUCCGAUGUUACUUGCAGAGCCAUCUGCAAAUAAUCAACAGCAAAGAGAAAGGGCAGCAGAGCUGAUGUUUGAAAAGUACAAAGUUCCAGCUUUAUUUUUGGCCAAGAAUGCAGUUCUUACCUCAUUUGCAUCAGGACGAGCAACCUCUCUAGUAGUUGACAGUGGGGGAGGCUCAACCACUGUUGCCCCAGUGCAUGAUGGUUAUGUCCUUCAAAAGGCUGUAUUGACUUCACCAAUUGGAGGAGAAUUUCUCACUGACUGCUUGACAAAAAGCUUGGAGAGCAAAGGCAUCAUUAUCAAGCCUAGGUAUUCUUUUAAAAGAAAGGAGAUACGUCCUGGGGAAUUUCAGACUGUUGAUCUUGAUUUUCCAAAUACAACAGAAAGUUACAGGCUCUACUGUCAGAGGGUUAUUGCCAGUGACAUUAAAGAGUGUGUGUGUCGAGCACCUGAUACACCUUAUGAUGAAACUUCAUACUCAAAUAUUCCUAUGACGCCGUAUGAGCUUCCUGAUGGACAGACAAUUGAAAUUGGAUCAGAUAGGUUCAAGACUCCUGAUGUUUUAUUCAACCCAUCAUUGGUUCAGACUAUUCCUGGCAUGGAGAGUUAUGUAGAGACCGCUGCUUCAGCCCGUGGUUUGCCCCAGAUGGUUAUUGAAAGCAUAAAUAAGUGUGACGUUGACAUCCGAAGAGAACUUUUCAGUAGUAUAUUGCUUGCUGGAGGUACAGCGUCAAUGCAACAACUGAAAGAACGUCUGGAGAAAGAUCUUUUAGAGGAGUCUCCUCAAGCUGCCAGAGUAAAGGUUUUGGCUAGUGGAAAUGCUACUGAAAGAAGGUUUAGUGUUUGGAUAGGAGGAAGUAUACUGGCAUCUCUUGGUUCUUUCCAGCAAAUGUGGUUCUCCAAGGCUGAAUAUGAAGAGCACGGAGCUUCUUAUAUUCAGAGAAAAUGUCCUUGAGAAGGCAGCCACUUGGCUGUAUUGCAUCUGAAAUGGCAAGAUAAAUUUAUUGUCCUUAUAGUUCAUGAAAUGGAUGUGCUAGUUCACUUAUUCUUGAUAACAUUUAGUGAUUUAGAUCAUGUGUAACAUUGCGGGAAUUUAUACACAACUGUAGUUAGACUGUUGCUGUAAGCCUGUAACAUUAGUUAUACUUCGUAUAUUCAUUAGAAAUGGCUGCGCAGUCUAAAAUCUUGUUCUGCAACGUCUAUUGACUUUUAUUAUCAGAAGUCUGUCCAAUGCUCGUGACUGACAUGGCUUGAUUUUGCUUAAUGUUGAUACUUGAUAGGAGUCUACCUUGGCAUUGAAGAUAAUAUUAUAUCCGGACUGCCGCCUGCAAGAUUUUCCAUCAUUUGAGAAAAAGUACAGGCAGGAGGGAUGAAUUAUCUAUUGUACUAGACAUGCAACCCCGAUGAGAAAAUGUAAAUUUCAUCUUUACCUAAAAUUGAUUAAUAUGGAUCAGGAAUGUUGUAUGGUGUAUUUAGUUGUCAUAUUUGAUGGUUGCAAGAACGAAUUUACCUCUA